AUGUUCCUGACCAACAUUUUGCUGAAGAAAGCAAAAAGCAAGAACAUUCUCGUGCUGAUGGAAAGUGCGGUCAGCGGGCAUCAUUUUACAAUGAUCCGGGAGCGGCUGGCAGACAAGCUGGAACUGCAACGCUUUGAUCCUUACAUCCAAAGGAUGUCUCUGUACCGAGAGCGCAAACGGCUGCGAAGCUUGAAUUGA